CCCGGGUGGGAGGGAUAACGGACACCUCUGAAGGGGUACCCGGAGCCGAGCCACCAGGCACCACUCGAGGCAGAACUCAGUCCAUCCCGCACCGCCGCGCCGGAGAGGCGCCUGCAGCAUCUCGAGCACCGCGAGUGUUCUCUCUUGUCCACGAUGGCCCGGGCGCCGCCGAUGCUCCUGCUCAUCGCCGUCCUGCCCGCGCUCUUCCUGUGCGCGGGCGCGGACAAGCCGUCCAGGGUGGUGUGCUACUUCAGCAACUGGGCCAUCUACCGGCCGGGCAUCGGCGCGUACGGCAUCGACGACAUGCCCGCCGAGCUGUGCACGCACGUCAUUUACUCCUUCAUCGGCGUCUCCAACGUGACGUGGGAGGUCCUCGUCCUGGACCCCGAGAACGACGUGGAAAACAGUGGCUUCCGCAACUUCACCGACCUCAAGAAGAAGUACCCCGGGCUGAAGACGGAGCUGGCGGUGGGCGGCUGGGGCGAGGGCGGCCGGAAGUACUCGGCGCUCGUGCACCACAAGAGCAGGAGGGACUCGUUCAUCCGCAGCGUCGUCGAGUUCAUGGAGAAGUAUGACUUCGACGGCUUCGACCUUGACUGGGAGUACCCUGGCGCGGCCGACCGUGGCGGCUCCUUCUCAGACAAGGACGUGUUCCUGUACUUCGUGCAAGAGCUGCGGCGGGCGUUCGGGGACCGGUGGGAGAUCACCAUGGCUGUGCCCAUCGCCAAGUUUAGGCUCAACGAAGGCUACCACGUUCCCGAGCUGUGCGCUGAGCUAGACGCUAUCCACGUCAUGUCCUAUGACUUGCGAGGUAACUGGGCAGGCUUUGCUGACGUCCACAGCCCACUCUACAAACGUCCUUCGGAUCAGUGGGCCUACGAGACUCUGAACGUGAACGACGGUGUUCAGCUGUGGGUCGACUACGGUUGCCCGCCAGACAAGCUGGUGAUAGGCAUUCCCUUCUACGGCCGCUCCUUCACGCUGUCGCAGGGCAACAAGGACUACAAGAUAGGCACGUACAUCAACAAGGAGGCGGGCGGCGGCGCCCCCGGCAACUACACCCGCGCCAAGGGUUUCCUCGCCUACUACGAGAUUUGUCUGGAGUUGCAAGACAAGGAGGGAGGGUGGACCGAGAAAUGGGAUGAUGUAGGGAAAUGCCCAUACGCAUACAAGGGAACACAGUGGGUUGGUUAUGAGAAUGAGAGAAGCGUUAAAAUCAAGAUGGACUGGAUCAAAUCUAAGGGAUAUGCUGGAGCCAUGAACUGGGCUAUUGAUAUGGACGACUUUAGAGGUGUAUGUGGAGAAAAGAAUCCACUCAUCAAAAUUCUUCAUAAAGAGAUGAAAGACUAUGUUGUUCCAACUCCAACGGUGUCAACGACACCUCGGCCUGAAUGGGCUCGGCCACCAAGUACUCCUCCUUCUGAACCUACCCCUCCUAAACCCAGCACUGCAUACAAGCCAACAGUAACCACCCCAAAACCAACGUCUACAUCCGCCACCCCAUCAACAGAAGCACCAACAAUCAGCAGUCCAAUGGACGAUGUAACAACAGCUGCAAGUACAACAUCAACAACUUCAACAGCAGCACCAACAACUUCAACUACAACACCAGCUACUUCAACAACAGAUAGCUCCAACGAUAUACCAAUGGCAGAAUGCAAAGAGGGUGAAUUCAUUGACCACAUGGAUUGUAAUAAGUACUAUCGGUGUGUGCAUAGUAAGCCUGUUCAAUUCGAAUGCAAGGGAGGCACCGUUUGGAAUAGUGCAGGCCAGACUUGUGACUGGCCAUCAGAGUCACAACGUGAGGAAUGCCGUCCAUCUUCACAGCCCAAUUCUGAAAAUGCAAGACUUCACCUAGGGCCACAACGCAGACAGUAGAUUAAUAUGAAGUUUUAAUUAAUUAUUUAUUAUUUAUUUAUACUUAAUAUAAGGCUGAUUAAAUAAUGUAAAGUGAUCAAAAUUG